AUGGGUGGUGGAGACUUGAACAUGAAGAAGUCUUGGCACCCGCUCCUGCUUAAGAAUCAGGAGCGGGUCUGGCUCGAAGAGAAGAAGGCUCUCGAGGAAAAGAAGAAACUUGACCAGCUGCGCAAAGAGAAGGAGGAGGAAAGGCAACUGCAAGAACUUCAACGUUUACAAGAAGAGCAAACGGGAAAGAGAAAGACUGAGAAGCUAGAAUGGAUGUAUGCGACACCUGCGACCGGAAGUAAUCAGAACGCAAACGAUUUAGAGGACUAUCUUCUGGGUAAAAAGCGGGUUGACAAGAUCUUGACUGCCGAUGAGAACGCGCAGCUUGGCGCCUCUCACAAGAACUUUAUCGCCAUUCAGAAUGCUAACAAUGCUCGAGACAUUGCCGCAAAGAUUCGUGAAGACCCGUUGCUCGCUAUCAAGCAGCAAGAACAGGCUGCAUACCAGGCACUCAUGUCUAACCCCCUCCGUCUUCGUGAAAUGCAGGAACGGAAUGGUAUAAAGCCGAAGAAAGACAAGAAAGACAAGAAGCGAGAGAAGAAGGAAAAGAAAGAACGCCAUGCCAGGGAACGAUUGGACCGCUCAAGGUCAAGAAGUCCUGCAGCGGAACACAAGAGAAGCGAUCGUCGGUAUGAUGCUGACGAUGACCGCCACUAUCGGAGACGAAGCAGAAGCCGCUCUCCUGGCUACCGCAGAGGUCGUGACUCUCUUGCCGACGGCGUCCGAACUUGGCCCCGCUCGGACGAAUCAGACGACAAUGGCUAUGAGCGCCGCAGGAGCAUCGAGCGUAGUGGCAGGCGUGCGGAAGAUGAUAGGAAACGGAGACGCAGUCCUAGUCCCCCUCAUCAUAACACAUACCCGAAGCGCUCACGCUAUAGCCCUCCGAGAUUUGAUUCACGGCCCGGACCUUCCGCCAGGAAGCAGCCAUUCAAUGCUGCGGAAGACCGUGCCGCAAAACUGGCUGCCAUGCAGUCAGGGUGCCGCAAGCAUGGAGAGAAGGCUGACAUGGAAGCGGAAGAGCAGGCCCGCGCAAAGUCAAAGGGCAUGGGUAGCUUCUUGGGGCAAGAACAGAAGAAGGUAUUUGGCGGCGUGGGUGGUUUAGAAGACAGGCUUAGGCGGGGAAGAGGUGGCCUGAUUGCUGACGCGGAUUGA